AAUUAUUGGUCAACAGUGGGGCACGCACUGAUAUUGUGAAUAGGGAGAAGAAGACCCCACGUAUGCUUGCCAAGAGUGGAACCGUUAUCACAAUACUAGAAGAGUGCACACAGACUAGCAGUCGUAAAUCAUCAGGUUUUGACCACCAGGAAUACGGUGCGAAUGACUCCGAGGAUUCUGACAGCUGAAGAGCAAUUUGACUCCCCUGGAAGCCACUCCCACCUGAUUGAGGCCUAGAAUAGCAUUACACAGUUUCCUUCCCUGUACAACUUUUGUAUAAAGCUCAUGUCUCCUUUCCGAUGUUUAAACAGUAGAGAACUUAAGGUUCUUUCAUCAAAAUCAGAAGUUCAGAUCACCAUUCAUCUUGAGAGAAGGAGAACAUGAACUUGACGUGCUGGAUUGCAAUUUUGUUUACGAUCUAAGACUUUAUGCCUUCAGCAUAUGAUCAGCAUUACUUGACAUUGUAAGGAAUACUGGAUCAGCAUCAUAUAUAUAUAUAUCAGUUAAGGCAAGCAAAAUACUGAUCACCAAAGCCAAACUUAACAGCUACAUCAGCAUACAUUUUAGUUGCCUCUACUGCGGUUGCAUAUAAUGUUGUUCCUAUGCUCAUCAUGACUUAUCUUCAGCAUAAAAGCAGACUUUGGAAAAUGUAUACAUAAUUUUGAACAUUACUUCCUCAGCUCUGAUUUAUCACUACAAUAUCUGUUGUCAAACAAAUGCAAAAGUGAGUAGAAAAAGACCCGCCAUCUGACUCCACAUAGAACAAACUUCCUAGCAAUAUCUAGAUUUGUUGCUGUAUUUUUAAACACCAUGGAGAAGAAUGACAGUAAAUUUUAGAAAAAAAGUCCAGAAAAUAUAUUUAAAAAUAUACAGAAAAUUUUUUCAAGUAUAGAUGAUUUUAAAAGGCAACUUGAGUAGAAAUCCUUCUGUACAUCUGCAACAGUGAUGGUGGUGCAAACCCAGGAUAUUCUUCGAUUUUGAUAAAGUUGGCAGUUUUGGAGAGAGCAUUAGUCUUUUUCCAAUGGAAAAUACAACAUUCCAAAGUCAACAUUUUUGAAAUACACAUACUCACACACAUAUAUAUGCACACAUGCACUUACACAUGCACAAACACAUUCACAUACAUGCACUUGUUAUGGCACUCAUGCACUUUCAUAUAGAAACUUGUACAUGCACUUGCACAUGCACACAUUGCACGUGCAGGCACACACACACACACAUACAUUGCACACACGCACACGCACACACAGACACAGACACAUGCACACGCACAGACACACGCACAUGCACAGACACACGCACACACACACACACAAACACACACACAUAUACAAACACACACACAUGAAUAUGUUAUCCAGUGAAAACAGGAAGACCUUAUGAUAUAGACUUGUAUGUAAUAGAAUGGAUAAGAAAAGGUGAACGUGAUGAGCAUAGUUCCAUUUUACGCUUUAGACUUAUGUUUAGAUCUUUCGUGUUUUCCUGUUCCUUCAAAAGGCUCAUGGCGACGUAAAGAAGCGUUUAGUAAAAAGGGUUGGGGAGGGCUAUCCAGGUGUUGUGCUGUUGUGGCAUGAUUGUUAUAAAUAGAAGGUAAAGUCCGGGCGGUCAGUGGAUAAGGAGUCCCAGGGUGGGAGGACAGGACUUCCCUAUACACAUCAUUUUGAGUAAUUAUCUUGGUUUUAAAUCAAGGAAGGUUGCGAAAAUUGGAUAUAUCGUUAUCAUUUAUCCUGUAACUUGUACAACACAUGAGGUAUCCUUGAGCCUAGGGUAAAGCUUUCUAACACACUAGGAUUUAUUUGAGUUGGGGAUCUUUAAAUUCACGAGUCUUCAGUGAGGUUGUCUCUUUUUCUAAAUUGAAUUGCACUUGCAAAAUACAGGCAGUUUGAACUUUACUGGUUAACAGAGUACUUCCUGCUUAGGUGUAAUGUGGUGUUUGUUACUUAAAAAAAAGUUUUAUUUGUAGGAUUAUAUGUAAAACAUAUAUAUUUGAGAAUAUGAUAUAUUGUUGAAAGCAAGUCAUUUGUAUAUUUAAAUAAUCAUAUAUGAAAAUUGAAUAUAUUUAAGAAAUUAAUUGAAAGUUUGAAAACAGAAGGGAAAGAUGUCUAUUUUUUUCCUUUCAAAUAUAGUGAGCUGUGUGUAUUGCAACAUCUAUUCUCUAAAACCUAAAAGAAAGAUGUUGGAUAGGACAUUCAAACAUUUGUAUCUCCUUUUGCUUUAUGUAUUUUUAGCAUUGUUUGAUAUAAUCAAAUUAAUUUGUGUAAAGAGGGAUCUUAGAAGGCACAAUGUAGGCCUCAUGCCUUUGUUUAUCAUAUGUGGCAUAGGUUUGUGUCUAUCAGUGGUGCCACAGCCUGAGGCAGGUCAGCAGUGGCACAUGCCAAAGAAAAAAUCCUUUCCAGUGUGUGUGUGUUUAAGCAUGUGUGUGAAUGGAGAGGAUUAGCCAAGAACUAUGCCAUUUUCCUAUACAUCUUGAACUCUAGCUCAAGAUGCAUAGGAAAGUAUAGUUAUUCAAGGUCUGUGUACACCAAUUACAAUACUGUUCACUCUAUUAUCUGGUUGGGUUUGCAGAGCGGUAACUGGGCACUCUUUUACCACUCACCACCAGUGACCUUUGUUGUUGAUGCAGCAGAUGAUUUUAUAUUAUUAUUCUUUCCUCCUGCAUACAGUGGCAUGCAGAGGCCUGGUGAUGGCCUGGGCCAACCCCUUGAUUGUAUUCCCAGAAGACUCAAGUAUAAGGCCUAGUACUGAGAAAUAUUAAGGGAUAUAUUUUGAGUAUGUAAACACAGAUGGAACAGGAGAUGAACACUUCAUUCUGUUUGAAUAUAACAGUAGUAUGCUUAAAUAAAUUGUGGAAUACAUGCAAUGAAGCACAAAAUCCUCUAAGUUAUAAUACCGUAAAAAAUCAACUCGUAUCCCAAAGUAAUGCGAGAAUAAGAACUUGGCAUUUUUGAAACUGAUGGACCUAAAGUUAUAUUAUAACUAAGACCUACAAUUGUGAAGAUUCUAGUGUAAGAAAAUUGUGCUAAGAACUGAUUUGCAUCACACAAUUUCUUUAAGCAUAUGGGCAUUAAUUUCAAAAUAACUAUCACUAUUUCCCUCUCUGGUUGGAUGCCCGGGGCCACCACCCCUUCUGCACACCACUGCCUGCAUAGUAGGUACUUUUUACUUUUCAAAUUGCAAAGUUAAAGUUUUAAAUGCCAGUGAGAGUUGUGCCUUAUUUAAGUGUUUUCACUGUGAUGUUCAGAAGUUGGAUAAAUCUGUUCAUGUAUCAUGAGAGUGCCUGAAACCUGUUUGCUUUUUCUAGAAUCAUUAUCAACUCCUGGAAGACAAGAUAGUGUAAGCACAGGAUAAAAGCAUUAUGCUUAACACAUGAUAAUAACAAAGCAGAAGAUUUAACAAGUCAAAAGAAAAAAAAAAUACUUUUCUUCCUCCUGUGUACUGCACAGACCUGAGUAUGACUAUGCUGUAUAAGGUGUUCAGGGUGGAAGAAAGCAUGACACAAAAACAUUGCAUUAAACAAAUUACAAAAAAAUAUGGUAUAAUAACUUUUACCAGCUUUCUCCUUAGAUAAUGAUCAUCCCAUAUUGUCCUUCAGGAGUUAAUUCCAGUAUACGCAAUACGUUUUCUUUCUGUCUUUUUUUCUGUAAUGUAAUAUUUUCUGUUUGCACAUUCAGUAGGUUGUGAUUUUACAUACAUUUAUGCUGAACCAAAAAAUAUUUUUUGAAUUGUUGGAAACAGAAAAUGUUAACUAAAACUGCAGAAUUUAUAUGUGCAUCAUUAUUGAUAUUCUAAGAUGUGUAUUAAUGUGUAAAAGAAGUUUAAAUUUACAUCUGAAACAUCCAUUCCGUGCCUUAUGUAAAGGUGUUGCUUGGCUGCUUGGCCUAUAGCAUUCCAUUGUAAGUGCCUCAUCUGUCAAUGAUUAGCGUAUUGAAGUGUAUGAGUGCAGAAAAUAAGAAAAAAAUAAUUUUCACAGACUAAAAAAAUGGAUCUUUUUAUGCAUUCUAUAUUUUAUUUACUGUUUAAUAGUCAAAGAUUGAGAGUUUUUCUACUAUAUUUAUGCAAUUAAAUUCUUUAGCAAAUGAAUUAUUAUUAAAAAAAAAAAAAAAAAUUGUAUAUUGAAUAUGUUUCUUCAGUUGUUAUACUUGGUCAUUCAUUCAGAUUAUUUAAACCAAAGAAAAAAAAGAGUCAAGUUUUAUGAAAUGUGUGAAGGUGAAACCAUUUCUAUACAUCUUUUAAUGUAUUUUUAUAGUCUGGAAUAAAAUGUAAAGUACAA